ACAAGAGGUCAGGGUAGGUUUCUCAAGAUGGCGGCCUUCCAGGGUCUGGUGUCCGCCUGUGGGCGGCUUCUGCGUGGCCUCCUAGCGGGCCCGGCAGCGACCAGCUGGUCUCGGCUUCCAGCUCGCGGGUUCAGGGAAGUGGUGGAGAUCCAAGAAGGGAAGACGACUAUAAUUGAAGGCCGUCUCACAGCGACUCCCAAGGGCAGUCCAAAUCCUCCUAACCCCUCUGGCCAGUGCCCCAUCUGCCGUUGGAACCUGAAGCACAAGUAUAACUAUGACGAUGUUCUGCUGCUUAGCCAGUUCAUCCGGCCUCAUGGAGGCAUGCUGCCGCGAAAGAUCACAGGCCUAUGCCGGGAAGAACACCGCAAGAUUGAGGAGUGUGUGAAGAUGGCCCACCGAGCAGGUAGAAGGCCCUGGGGACCAAGAGGGGCAGAGGGCUGCAGGUGCUCUCUCCCUACCCGGCUGCCCCAUGUUUCAGCCCCUCCUGGAAGAAAAGAGGAUAUCCAGAAUGUUAAUUAUACUGACCACCCAAUGCCAACCUCCCCACUCCCUUGGGCUUUCCCUCUGGCCUCCUCAGAGCUGCAGAGGGAGCUGCAAAGACUAUCCCAUCUUCCCCCCACUCAGGUCUAUUACCAAAUCACAGGCCUCGGCUUCCUGAAGGAGUUGUUCCGAAGAGCAAACCUCAACUCAACCGGUACCUGACGCGCUGGGCUCCUGGCUCCGUCAAGCCCAUCUACAAAAAAGGCCCCCGCUGGAACAGGGUGCACAUGCCUGUGGGGUCACCCCUUCUAAGGGACAAUGUCUGCUACUCAAGAACACCUUGGAAGCUGUAUCAGUGACAGAGAGCAGGGCUUCCAGAGUUCCUCCUGCACCUGUGCUGGGGAGUAAGAGGCACACUCAUAAGCCCUCAGCCACAACUAUACUCCAGACCAUGAUGGCCUGGCCCCUCCAACAUGGAUGGACAGGGGACAGUGGGACUAACUUCAGUACCCUUGGCUUGCGCAGUAGCAAUGCUGGGAGCUAAAGGCAGGCAGGGCAGUUGGGUCCCUUGCCAGCUGCUGUGGGGCUUGGGCCAUGCUCAGUGCUGGGGACAGGAGUUUUGCCCGAAUGCAAUGUCAAAAACUGGGCUCGUGGGCUUACCCACUGGGUGUGUGCUCACUGCUUGGGAAGUGCAGGGGGUCCUGGGUACAUUUCCAGUUGGGUGCAGAGCAUUGAGUCACUGAUCUCUUGUGAUGGGGCCAAUGAGUCAAUUGGAAGGAAUUCAUGGGCCAAACAGGUCCCAUCCUCUUCAUGACAGCUGUGAGCUCCUUACUCUGGGAGAGCUGCAAGGAGCCAAGGUGGGCUACCUGACACACUUGCUGCUCUCGUGUGAAUCCAAGAAACUGCCUUCCUCAAAGGGGCCCUGGUUGUCACCUCCCGCAGCCAUUUCACCCAUUAUUGUCUAGUAUCUCUUUCAUUAGCACGUUCCAACCCUCUGCCACUUGUUUUAGAGAUGAGCUCCCUGGCUCAGUGGGCCUUUCAGAACCUGGAACCAGAUGGAGGUGGAGAUAAGAAAGUAAGAUAGAACAGGCGGGCCAAGUUCACUGAAACUUAAGAAAAUCAUGUUUAGACUCUGUUUUAAAAAAUCCAGGCUGGCUCCCAUUCUAUAGCAUGAAGGGCAAGUCCAUGUUCUUCUCACCAGUGCCCACGUAGAUGUAGCCAUAGUGCUUGGUGCGGGGAGCAUGGUAGAAGGUGAGGCCUGGCCAGAGCAGGCUGCGCAGCACCACCAGGGCAUUGCCCCUCUCCAUCUGGAUACUCCAGGACCCUGAGAGGAGACAGGCAGGAGGUGAGGUCUGAGUGCUGCUGGAGCCAGAGCUCUGCCCUUUGUGCUGUGGCCCCUGGCAGCCAACCCCAGGUGCUAAGGUUCCACUGGAGAAAGACCAUUUAAUUCUCCAGGUGCUUUACUCCGAUUGCCUUUUAGCCAUUAUUCUUUUCAUUUUAAGAGACAUAGUCUCACUCUGUCGCCCAGGCUGGAGUGCGGUGGUGCAACCACAACUCAACCUCAGCUUUGACUCCUGGGCUCAAGCAAUCCUCCCACCUUAGCCUCCAGAGCAGCUGUGACCAUGGGCAUGCACCACCAUACCCAGCUAACUUUUUUGGUUUUUUGUAGAGAUGGGGCCUCACUUUGUUGCCCAGGCUGGUCUCAAACUCCUGGGCUCAGGCGAUCCUCCCCCCUUGACCUCCCGAAGUGCUGGGAUUACAGAUGUGAGCCACCACACCCAGCCCUUUUAGCCAUCUCACUGCUCAUUAAAACAACUUUCAGGGGGAGGGUAAAGGAAAUGAAAAGAGGUGAAACUCAAA